AUUUCUUUUUUUUUCUUUUAAUUGGAGGUUUUAAUUUAGUUCAUCUUCCCACCCUUUUUUCCCUUCGCUCCAAAUAAAAUUCCCUCUAUUUUCUCUCUCUUAGGGUUAGGGCUCACUCUAAUUUUUUCUUUCCUUAUAAUUAAUUAAAAUUAAAAUUCAGAGGAAUAACAUCCUCUAAACUCUGUCCUAUAUAUUCCAAUUUUCCCCAUGAAUUAAUUUUCCUUCUUUCCUUCUUUCUUCUUUCACAAGGUUCAAAGAACUACUAACAUAAAUUCAAAGUUAACGAGUCAUUAUCUUACAACCCGUUGAAGCUAUGUAUAACGAAGUUGCCCCCGAGUUUGUUGUUGACCAGCAGGGCAUGUACUAUCCUUCUGCUACCAAUUACGGCUAUAUUUGUACAGGACCUGAAUCGCCCGGUGAUUGGGAUGACCACCAUAGAGUUUUUGGUGUGGAUGGUCAAAAUUAUCAGUACAUAGGUGGUCAAACAGAAAGUAUGCCUUAUGUUUAUUAUACACCUAGCUAUGGAUAUGCACAGUCUCCGUUUAACCCUUACAAUCCUUAUAUUCCCGGUGCGAUGGUUGGGGCUGAUGGCUCUUUUAUUGGGACACAACAGUACUAUGUUCCAACUUAUGAAAACGGCACCUCUUCACCAGCGUAUUAUCCCAUGGUUGUCCAACCUGGUUCGGACACUUACACCAGUGCUCCAACUGAUUUAUACGUGGAUAUGAACACAUCUACUGCAAAUAGGGUUGAUACAUCAGGGUUUAAUGCCAAUUCAUCAUCGGCAGCUGGGACAUAUACCUUGAACCCCGUCUGGGGUGCUUCAAAUUACACAAAUUCCUUUGGAAAAGUCUCUGAUGCUUUUAAACUUAAUGGUGGGCCAAAUAAGUUAACUGCAGUCAGUGGUGGUAUCACUUCUAACCCUGUUUCAGGCCCGGCAUCUUCAAAAUUACUUCAGCAGGGUCGAGUUGGUCCAGCUAUUGCUAAUCUUUCAAACGGGAAAACUACUUCUAAUCAAAACCAGCCAAAGAUUAUUCCUCCCGACAAUGGUCUGGUUAAUUAUGGUUCAAGUGGUAAUGGGCGGGCGGUAGUGGAUAAGAUUCGAUCAAAGGGACCUAUUGUUAAAACCUCAAAUGAUACAAAUGGAAAUCCCAAUGCUUUGGGCGAACAGAAUCGUGGGCCUAGAACAAACACAUCAAAUAGUCUGCUGACUGUUAAAGCCUACUCAACAAAGGCUGGAAAUAGUGACGCACAAGGAAAUAUAGUAAUGUCCAUAGAUCAGUAUAACAAGGAUGAAUUUCCUGUUGAAUAUGUGAAUGCAAAGUUUUUUGUUAUAAAAUCGUAUAGCGAAGAUGAUGUUCAUAAGAGUGUCAAGUAUAAUGUAUGGUCAUCUACCCCUAAUGGAAACAAGAAGCUGAACAGCGCCUAUGAAGAAGCCCAGAAAAUAUCAGUAGGGGACUCCAAAGGCUGUCCUAUCUUUCUCUUCUUCUCUGUUAAUGCAAGUGGGCAGUUUUGUGGAGUUGCUGAGAUGACUGGUCGUGUAGAUUUUCACAAGGACAUGGAUUUCUGGCAGCAAGACAAAUGGAGUGGAAGUUUUCCGGUGAAGUGGCAUAUAAUAAAAGAUGUGCCAAAUCCUCACUUCCGUCAUAUUAUAUUAGAGAAUAACGAGCACAAACCAGUCACCAAUAGUCGUGAUACGCAAGAGAUCAAAUAUAGAAAAGGGUUGGAAAUGUUGAAAGUAUUUAAGAACUAUGUGUCGAAGACAUCGAUAUUCGAUGACUUUAUGUAUUACGAGAAUCGCCAAAAAAUAUUGCAAGAAGAGAAAGCAAGACUACUAAUCAAAAGUUAUGGCACCCCAGUUUUUGUGCCUGUUCUGCAUCCUCCCCGUAGGCUUAAUAAUUUCUUAGGGUUGGCCCCGGUUGCUGAUGAAGAGUCGGACAGGGGUAAUGACAUAAAUGCUUCACAGAGUAAUGUGCCAAGUGUCACAGUUGAUGAUGGGAAACCAACAGAAGAAGAUAUUUUACGAUUUCGCUCGCUUGCUAUAGCCCCAGAUCAGACAGGAACCACAGUUGCCGGUGCUGUUGGUGGUACUGCUGCUUCUGCAGUAUCCACUGAACCUGUUAAUGUUUUAACUGUGGGGUCAAUGCCAGUCAAAGUCAACGGUUUUGGUGAAUCUUCUGGUUUUUUAACUGUGGGAACAAUCCCACUUGAUCCUAAAGCUCUCAAGGUGAAGGAAGCUGGUAUUUCUAAAGAUUCUACAAAGAUUGUUUCGCCAAAAGGCUAAAAAUACAGUUGAGUCAUAUACAAGAGUUUGUGAUGAUAUUUUGCGCCAUCUUAAGUGGAGUUGUAUAAUUUUCAGUCAAGGGUGAUGAUAGGGAAAGCUGUUGAUUUUCUAUUUUGGGAUUAAAUUGUGUUUUGGGGGUGUGAUACUAAUCUGAAAAUACAGCAUGUAAACAUUUUGCCUUUUCGUUCUUUCAUUGUCAUGGGAUCAAAGAUAUACAGACUUUUUUUCCCCCUUUUUUUGCUCUCA